AUGGCGACGUGCGCGGCUGUGGAAACGCUGCUCCAAAGCGCGAGCACGGAAGAUGCCCAUAGUAAUGCAGAGCUGUUGGCAGAGUACAUCAACACCCAGGGCUUCCGUACACUGCACUCGGAGCGCAUUCUGACCGAGCUGGUGGACAAGCUCAAGAGCAAGAAGAAUGCUGAGGAGCGUGAGCGUGCGGCCAUUGGCUUGGGGGCUAUUGCGACCAAGGUCGCAGGAAAGAAUGCGCCGAUGCCACUGGGAGCAGAGCCGUGGCUUGUGCCUGCGCUGGCUCCGUUGCUGGAUGGCUAUGCGGACAAGAACGACGCUGCGAAGAAGGCGGCGGAGAGUGCCGUAUCGGCUAUGGUGACGCUGUUCCCCCCUGAAGCGGCGGUGGAGCUGCUGGAGGCACUCUACGAGGUAAUCAACAAUGGUGCAGCCAAGUGGCAGGCCAAGGUAGGCGCGCUGAAGAUCAUUUCGCGCCUCGCCGACUUGGCGUACGAGCAGGUAGGCGACGAGCUGACCCAGCUCACACCUGUUCUUACGACGGCCAUGCACGAGACCAAGGCGGAAGUGUCCAAGCAGGCCAUCAAGACGGCGACCAAGGUGUGCGGUGUUAUUGACAACAAUGAUAUUCGUCCCUUCAUCCCUGACUUGGUCGGCUGCAUGGCACGUCCUGACUCGGUCCCGGCAUGUAUCAAGAAGCUCUCUUCCAUUACGUUCGUGGCCGAGGUGACGGGCCCUGCGCUGGCUGUCAUGGUGCCGUUGCUGAGCCGCGCCCUGAACGAACGUAGCCAGACCGUGCAGCGUCAGUCGGUGAUUAUCGUCGACAACUUGUGCAAGCUGGUCCGUGAUCCACACACAGCGGCUCUGUACCUGCCUACGCUUCUGCCGCAGGUCGAGCGUAUUGAAAAGGGCGCGUCGUUCCCUGAGGUGCGUGAGCAUGCCAAGAGCGCUGUGACGACUCUUCAAGGCGCGUUUGCUGCUGCCGAUGCGUCGAAGCAGGAAGCGUCCGACCCCAUUGCCGCUCGCACAGAAGCACAAAGUGCGGCGCUCCAGCGCCUUGGCGCGGCCGUGCAGCCCCGCGUCCCGACAGGGGUCGUGUUCUCCGCGUUGGGCGACGCGUUUACCAAGACGGGGCUCGAGUACGUCGCGCGUGUACUCGUCCGUCUGGCCGACAAGCGGAUUGUGCAGGCGGAGGCGUGGAACGAUGUAUACGUCCUGCCGUACCUGCGCCGCGUCUGUGAGACGCCCGAGGGCGCACAGGCGGCGACAGAUGACGUACGUGCGACGUACGUGCAGCUCGACUUGGACCGAUUCGGUAAGCCCGAGGACGAUGACAGUGAUAUGGAAGGCGAGAAGCUGUGUGAUACCAUUUUCAGCUUGGCGUACGGUGGUCUGCUUUUGCUGAACCAUACGCGACUGCGUCUGUACCGUGGCCAUCGCUACGGUAUUGUGGCUGCAAACGGUAGCGGAAAGUCGACCUUGCUCAAGGCGAUGCGCGAUGGCAAAGUCGAAGGCUACCCGGACCAGGACCAAGUACGUACCGUCAUGGUCGAGCACUCGCUGCAGGGCGAAGAUGGCUCGAAGCCGAUUCUUGACUUUGUUGUCGGUGAUCCGAAGCUCGCGCACAAGACGCGCGAUGAUGUGGCCGCGGCGCUGCGAGAAGUGGGCUUUGACGAUGAACGUCAGCAGACGCCGGUCGGCAGUCUGAGUGGUGGCUGGAAGAUGAAGUUGGAGCUGGCCCGUGCGAUGCUCAUUGGUGCGGAUAUCCUGCUGCUGGACGAGCCGACGAACCACUUGGACGUGCAGUCGAUUCGCUGGCUGGAAGAGUACCUGGUCUCGCACAAUGAUAUUACCGUGCUCACCGUCUCGCACGACUCUGGGUUCUUGGACAACGUGUGCACAGACAUUAUUCACUACGAGCAAAAGAAACUCAAGUACUACCGCGGUAACCUCUCGGAGUUUGUCAAGACGCGGCCGGAGGCGAAGAGCUACUACUCGCUUGCUGCGACGACCGUCAAGUUCACGUUCCCGCCGCCUGGCUCACUCAUGGGCGUGCGUUCCAACACACGUACGAUCCUCAAGGCCUCGCAUGUUACCGUGCACUACCCCGGCAUGCCGCGCCCGUCGCUUGUCGACGCCAGUGUCGCGAUCAGUUUGUCGAGUCGCGUGGGUGUGGUCGGUCCGAACGGUGCCGGUAAGAGUACGCUGAUCAAGGUGCUUACCGGUGAAAUUAUUCCGACGGAAGGCAAGGUCGAGAAGCACCCGAACUUGCGUGUCGCGAUGAUGGCGCAGCAUGCCUUCCACCAUCUCGAGCAGCAUCUCGAGAAGACGGCGUGUGAAUACAUUCGCUGGCGGUACCAGGACGGCCACGACCGUGAGAUCACCGAGAAAGCUACACGCAAGCUCACCGCGGAAGAGGCUGAGCAGAUGAAGACGCCUAUUGUCUCAACGACGGGCGAGAAGCGUAUGGUCGAGUUCAUUGUCGGCCGCAGCAAGCUGAAGAAGAGCUACCAGUACGAGAUCAAGUGGGUCGGCUUGGAGCACCGCUACAACACGUGGAUCCCGCGUGAGCGUUUGCUGGAGCUGGGCUUCUCGAAGCUUGUGCAGAAGUUUGACGACUUUGACUCGUCGCGUGAAGGUGCGGGCAGUCGUGAGCUGAGCCAGAAGGCCAUCCGAGCCGAGCUGGAAGCGGUGGGUCUCAAUGGUGAGAUUGCCGAGAACAAUGCGAUGGGCGGCUACAGUGGUGGUCAGAAAGUCAAGGUCGUUCUGGCUGCCGCGUUGUGGAACAACCCGCAAGUUUUGGUCCUCGAUGAGCCGACGAACUAUCUGGACCGCGAGGCGCUGGGUGGCCUGGCCGUGGCGAUUCGCGAGUGGGCCGGGGCCGUGUUGAUUAUUUCCCACAACCAAGAGUUUAUUAGCGCGCUAUGCCCGGAAAUUUGGCAGGUCGAGGGUGGCCGCAUCAUCUCCAAGACUCGUACGGACAUCGCUGCGGAGAACUUUGCCGACUCCAGCGCUUCGACUCCGGCUGGCACCGAGCCUUCUAGCGCUGCGCCAAGUGCGCCAGGCAGUGUCGCCCCCAGUGCACCCGGGAGCGCUGCGCCGAGUGCGCCAGGCAGCGCUGUGCCUAGUGACGACGAAGACAUGUCGAAGCUCAAGGCGAAGAAGGGCAAGAAGAAGCUCACACGCAACGAAAAGAAGGCUCAGGAAGAACGUCGUCGCUUGCGUUUGAACCGCUGGCUGCAGUACGGUGGUGAGCGCGAGCCCGAUACAGACGACGAAUAA